AGGGCAGACCGCCGCGGAGCUCGGGCAGCAGCGGCAGCGGCGGGGUCGGUGUCGAAGGCGGCGGCGGCGGAGUUGGGUAGCCCGAGUCCGCGAUGGAGCAGCCGAAGAAGGCGGUGGUGGUGACGGGAUUUGGCCCGUUUGGAGAACAUACAGUUAAUGCCAGCUGGAUUGCUGUUCAGGAGCUGGAGAAGCUGGGACUGGGAGACAGUGUGGACCUUCACGUGUAUGAAAUUCCUGUGGAAUACCAAACAGUCCAGAGGCUCAUACCUGCCCUGUGGGAAAAGCACAGUCCUCAACUGGUAGUCCACGUAGGGGUGUCUGGCAUGGCAACAACAGUGACCUUGGAAAAAUGUGGCCACAACAACGGAUACAAAGGGCUGGACAACUGCCUUUUCUGUCCUGGCUCUCACUGCUGCGUAGAAAAUGGGCCAGAAUGCAUUGACUCCAUCAUUGACAUGGAUGCCGUCUGCAAGCGAGUGACCACCCUGGGUCUGGAUGUCACAGUGACCAUCUCCCAGGAUGCUGGCAGGUACCUCUGCGACUUUACUUACUACACUUCCUUGUACCAGAGCCAUGGCCGAUCUGCGUUUGUGCACGUCCCUCCACUAGGAAAACCUUAUAACGCAGACCAGUUGGGCCGAGCCCUGCAAGCCAUUAUCGAAGAGAUGCUGGACAUGCUGGAGCAGUCUGAAGACCAGAUUGACUAUGGCCCCCAGCCCUGAGCAGGACAUUGACAGAUUAUCACAGUCACAUGGGAACGGGCCCCUCCUGCUCUGGACUCUAGGUACACCAUCCAGCCCCGCUGCCUAGCAGGGAACUAAAGAUGCAAGCACACAAACUUGGCUUUGCUCCAUUUCUCUGAUGCAUCCCCCUACUUCCCUUGCGCCAGGGAUGUUGAUUCAAGGAAAGGAGUCAAGGUUUCUUUCUCCACCUUCUUUCCUUUCAUUCUCUUUUUUGAAAACCAGCUGCAACCAUUUACUUUGUUUCCUGAAGUGGCCAAACUUUCUUCAGAGUCUAUCCAUUAGUCAAGUGAUAUCAACAGCGUCAACUACAUGCUGGGGUCCAGAUGUUCAGGCCUGACAUCUGGAACCGGAAUGUUUGGUUAGGGGGAAACUGGAUGAUGACCUUCCCCCUCCCCACAGUGCCUGCUUGGUCCUUCGCCUACAAGGCUGGGCAAGGGAUUUUGCCAGGCCUUUGUAUGAAGUAGCAAAAACCAGACAAACCUGCAAGGGCUGCGGUGGGACAGUUUCCAUUUUAAGACUAGUUGGGACACACAGAUUAAGUUUAUUUUUAUAUAUAUAUAUAUAUAUAUAUAUAUAUAUAUAUAUAUAUAUAUAUAUUUCUUUUUUUUUUUUUUUUGUUAAAAGUCAAACAUGAUAUGGCAAAGUUUUUUCGUUUGUUUUGUUUCAAGUUGAGUUUCAGUUUCUUUCCCUCAGCACCAAAGGUUCGGCCCAGAAAUGUGGAUCUAGGAGAUUCACCAUUGUUCCGGUAUCUCAGGGAGCCCGGCUGAGAUCCAUUUCUCUUGCUGUCUGGAGUGUGGAGGGAGGUGUCCCAUUCCCAGCUGCACACCCUCCUUGCCAAUUCUCCUACCCAUGCUCAGAGCAGAGGCUUUGUGUUGCCUGGGAGAAAAAGAUUGUUUGAUUUUUGUAUGUGUGAGUGGGAUGUUUUGCUUUGAGGGUAUUUUUGGUUUUUUUUUAAAAAAUACAUUUUAAUUGAGCUGAAAAAACAUUGCAGCAGCCACUGUCUGCCAUUGGGAUUGUUUGUCUGCCCUCCUGGUAGUAAGAGACAAACUCAUCCCAGCUAAUGUUGAGAGUAGCUCAUUAUUUUGUAUUAUCUUUUCUGUACUAUCCUUCUCUGUAGUGAGGGAGGGAGAGCUUUCUCGUAUGGACUUUAUUUUAAGAACUGGUGAUAAGUUCAUUAAAUUAUCAUUUCCAAAGGGGAUUUCCAGGCAGUACUAAAACUGUACAGCCUUCUCCCCCUUUCUUAGAUUUAACCCAGAAGAGUAGGGCUUGAGGAGGGGGGUGCCAUCAGACAAGAGAAAGACCCUCCAAGACAACUUUGGUCUUCAGUCCUUUGUGUCAGAACUUGGCAAUGAGAGCAUUGUGGGCCUCAGUGCGGGGAGGCAGACAGGAAGGACCAGGAGGGAGCCAGGCAUUGGACCUUCCAGCCAAAGCUGAAAAAGUUAGCAGCAAGUCAAGCCCCCAGCCCAGAAAAAGUGGCCAGAAAUUGUGUUGUGCAAUAGUGGGGGCAACGUCCCUUGGAGCAAUAGUGAGACCAGGCAUUGCUGAGCUGUCCUGAAGACAGUUAAAUUGCCAAUAAGUAGUAUAAGCAUCUUCUCAAACUCUGCUCAAGAAACCCACUAUUUCUUUUGUAAACCUUUUUGUUUUUAAAAUAAAUACAAAUUUACCUUGUACACAUGAAAGCUGCUGGAACAGGACUUGGUAAGAGCCAUUGUAUCAGCAUUUCUCAGCAUUAAUUCUUUUUUUAUUAAAUUCAUUUU